AUAAAAACACCUUAACCUCUCACAAAAAUUACAAAAACUCUAAAUCUCUUAAAUUUUGUUGAAUUCUUGAAUUUGAUCAUGGCAGGCUAUAAUAGAGCACCCAACAACACCGACAGAAUCCUCCAAGAAACCGGCUCCGGUUUCGCGAUAGGUGCACUAGGCAGCAUCCCCUACCACUUCUUCAAGGGGGUACGUACAAUGCCAAGGGGCUCCCGCAUCAGUGGCAGUUUUGACUACGUCCGCAUGCGUGCUCCCCGAACAGCAGGGUCUUUCGCGGUGUGGAUGUCCCUCUUCAGUGCUGUUGACUGCGCUGCUGCUUACCUCCGUCAUAAGGAAGACCCGUGGAACACCAUCGUUGCCGGGGCUUCGGCUAGCGCAAUACUCGCUCUUCGUCAAGGGACUGGCCCUGCCAUGAAAGCUGCCGUCACUUCUGGGUUACUAAUGGCCCUUGGAGAAGGGCUUAUGCUAUUCAAUGAACGUGAGGGGCCAGAAUUGAAUAAUGCUAAUAAGGGACACGUUCCGGUUCCGAUUCCAGUUCCAAUUCCGGUUCAGGAGGAGGCUAGUUCAUCAUCAGGGUUUUUUCAGACAUGGUUUGGUAGUGGGAAAAAGGACGACGGAAGUAGUUACAUACUUGAAGGUCGAUGAUUUCAGUACUCCGAUGUGUAAUUUUUUUUAUGUGGAAAUUAAAUUUAGUUCUUAAUAAUCCGAAAUUUGGUUUAUGAGGUUAUGUAGAGGACUUUAAUUUGUUUACGUAUAAUAUGUGUGAGAUUAACAUAUUGAAGAUUAUUAUUAAUAUAAACAGCGGAAGUUAUACUAAUUACUCGAAGAAAAAAUAGGUAAUUACUCGUACUUGGA